CAACAGCAGGAGCUGCCACAACGUGAGUAUUGUCGCUAAGCAAUGUAACUGCGGAAUCACAGUAAAUUGCAGAUGUCGUGAAGCGUCCUCAGACGCCUAUUAAGUCUUAAGCUUUCUUACUUUAUGAUGUACGCUUUCCUGUCUUGUCGUGAGAAAGCCUUCCGUCGGUGUCGUUAAACCGAAACUGUCCUUCUUCUCGGGCAAUCAAACGCUACAAUAUUGCUAUAAAAUGCGUCUGUGAAUUUUUAAAAUUCUUCCUAACAACAUUAAUAGAGUGCGCGAACUCAAACCGAGUUCCAACUCCCAGCGCGCUUUUGUGACUUGCUGGCCAGCGCAUGUUCUUCGAAGGGAGAAGAAGAAAAACCGUCGUUCGUACGGGCGCUCCAAAUUUCAGCACGCUAGAUUCGCGCGGUCAUGGACCGGACAAAAUCUUUCAAAGAAAUUUGCGGACUCAUGGUGCUAGAACGCGGCGAAGAUUGCAUCAGCGAAAGUGCGCUUACUGGCGCUCCGGCUAAGCGGUCGUCCCAGGCUUACAAAAUCAUGCGUAGCAUCGCGACGAUGAAGGACUUUCUCUUGUCCCGCCGGCGCGAUUACCUUCUCUGCGCGCUGUCGCCGGAGUCACGUUGCGUCACGGUGGACUGGGAGCGCAGGCGCACGGACCAAAUGGUGGAGCAGUUCGCUCGGGACGUGCGAGCAGCGAUUGACGCCUUGUCCUCCCAGCAAAGUGGUGAAGGCUUGCGAAGUCUUCAGAUAAGCGAGCAUCGCAGGAGCGUACGAUCCCUGCUCCUGGAUUUCCUGUCGGCGACGUGCCAGAUCUACGCCGAGAUGAAGGCUGUGUACGUCAAGCGCGUGUGCGACCGGCAUCGGUGGAGCAGACUGAGCUCGCCGUACCGCCGCCUGGGUUCGAGCAACGCCAGCGGCUCGUCGGGUUUCGUACCGGCGCCGUUGCUCAAGGGCCUGCGACAGCUGCACCGCUUGUCGAGCGCGGCCUCCAAGAUGGUGACUGUGGGCAGCUGGUUCCAGUCGUCGGAAGAGAACGAGAGUCCGCGAGAUUCGACGGCACAGCUGGAUUUCAGUUUAACGUACGAAGAGUGUUUGCAGUUCGAGGAGGAGAGCAAGAUCCUCAUGGACCGGCUAAACUGCCCGCGAGAAAUCGUGCGUGACAUUGAGUCGCAGGUGAUCGACAUUGCCUGCCUGCAGAGGGUUCUCACAGGUCACAUCCUGGAACAGGAGGACAACGUCGAGAGGGUGGCCAUGGCAACCCAGCUCGCCAGUGCGAAUAUGACAGCUGCCACGAGGGUGCUGGAAGACAGUGUUGUGCAUCGAACUACUUUUGGCCGUUGUGCUGCGGGACUCAUAUUUUGGCUCUCGCUGCUCUUGCUUUUCCUUCACUGGUUGACGCCGUAAUCUGUUGCCUGCACCGUCUUAUGUGAAUUGGUCACUUACAGUGCAAAAUAGGCUUGUAUGUGCCUUCCAGUGAUGAAAUCGCUGAAACAGUGAAUGUGACAAUAGUAAUUUGCACGAAUUUUUGAAAUAGAAUGCAUUUUGUUUGCACAGCACGAAGCAGCCGUGCUAAUUUUUUCAAGUAAGAAAAACAAAUAGCCUGGAGACGAAACAGACAACUCUGCUUCUUUUCUAGGGCCCUUUAAUUUUCAUAAUAAAUGCAUGGUAACAAACACAGAUGAC